AAUACGUAAAAUCCAGAGCGAUGUCUCUUUGUCAUAAACUAGUAAAACGAGUAAAGCAAAUAUUGUAGCGUUGCGCUGCUUGUUUUCUCAAAUUAGUUUCGCCAGGUCGGGAUGUUUUUAUCCUCAUCAUGGAGACAAAACGAGGGGAGAUUCCUAACGGCGUUUUGGACGACCUUUGCAGCCGCUUCAUCCUUCACAUCCCCAGUGAAGAAAGGGACAAUGCAAUCAGAGUAUGCUUCCAGAUUGAACUUGCCCAUUGGUUUUACCUGGACUUUUGCAUGCAGAAUUCACCAGGAUUGCCUCAGUGUGGGAUAAGGGACUUUGCCAAAGCUGUUUUUAAUCACUGUCCGUUUCUGCUGCCCCAAGGAGAGGACGUGCAAAAAGUUUUAGAACAGUGGAAGGAGUAUAAGAUGGGUGUUCCUACAUAUGGUGCAAUUAUUCUUGAUGAGACGUUUGAGAAUGUAUUGCUGGUCCAGGGAUAUCUGGCCAAGUCUGGAUGGGGCUUUCCUAAAGGAAAAGUCAAUGAAGACGAGGCACCCCAUGACUGCGCUGUACGAGAGGUUCUGGAAGAGACGGGUUUUGAUAUCCGUGACCGUAUCUGCAAAGACACUUUCAUUGAGCAGAAGAUCACAGAUCAGCUGGCUCGGCUGUACAUAAUCCCAGGAGUCUCAAAGGAGACAAAGUUCAAUCCCAAAACUCGAAAAGAAAUAAGGAACAUUGAGUGGUUCCCUGUUGAGAACCUGCCAUGUCACAGGAAUGACAUGACUCCUAAAUCCAAACUUGGACUGGCUCCCAACAAGUUUUUCAUGGCCAUUCCAUUCAUCAGACCUCUCAGAGAAUGGAUUGCCAAGCACAAAGUGGAGUCGACAAGCAGUGAUGAGGAUUUUGCUUCCAAUGGCAGCACUCCAUGCAAACCUCUAGACAGAGUCCACUCUAAACCAAGAAGGACUCAGAUGUUGACUGAGGCAUCUCCAGGAGAUGGCUGGUCAAAGCAAAAGCAGCAGAAAGCUUUUGCACAACCUGGUCAAUAUGAACUUGCAGACUUCUUGAAAGUCAAGAACCACAAUGUGAAAGGUAAUGGUAAAAAACACCAGGACUCUCCAAACAUGAAGAAGAGGACAAAUGGGGUUGGUGGCUCACAGAGAGACGACAAAAAGCUCCAGCCUAGAAGACUGCAGGACAACUUUGACAUGGAUGCAGGAUGUGACAUUUAUGCCCCUAAUGGACAGUCGGAGCGUUCCCUUGGUGACUAUAAUGGUGACUAUGAGCAGAUCCUCUCUUCCAGCUCCUUCCUCAGCUUCAAGUUUGACCGAGAGGCUAUCAUGAAGUGCUUCGACUCGUGAAACUCGUUCUUUCUGUCAGUCAGAAAAUGCUUUCCACCUUUUUUUUUAAAUGUGAUCCUCUGUGUCAGCCACAUUAGCAAAUUCAUCCAGUUAGUCAGAGGAAGAGCUCCUUCACAGAGCUCAAAUCAGGGACACCAAUUGUAAUGUGUUGUUGGACCAAUGUGACAAAGUGAGAGGUCUAACUUUUUUUCUCUGGAAACCUGAAAUGUAAGCUGAUGAUGUGGAACAGACAUGUUGUUUACUUUUAGAUAAUCAAAGAGAAGAUUAAGAGAAUUCACUGCAUCUUUUGUCUUUGGCUGGUAUGCGAUCAUGGGAGUUGCUUCUUAUCGAAGACGCAUGAUACCAUAACAGAGAACACAGAUUCUUUGUUUGAGCACAUACAUUUGCACCUGCUGUUGAGACUAGAGCUG